AUGACGGGGGCGGACGAGAAGCCUCGUGAGGUAUCCGAAACAACUUCAGUCCGUUACAUUGAUGGAAGACGGGGUCGUGGCCUUAUAGCGGAGGUGGACUUCGAAGCUGACUCCACAAUUCUCUGCGUGCCUUACGACAUUGCGGUGCUCUAUAGCCCAUUUGUGCGCAACACAUGUUACCGCUGCUUCGUCAGCGUUCCCAAGGACAGCCGUACGUCGCAGGGUAGGGGUUCGUUGCAGCGUAAGCGGCCGCAGCAAAGACGCCCCACUUCGCAAUCCCAGCGUCUGCCGUUACGGCGCUCUUACCCUCAACAUGGGCGACAGACAAGCAAUGAAAGGAACAGGGAACGGGAGGAACAUCACUAUGAAUGUACUGAUUGUAAGCACCUUGUCUUGUGCGAAAACUGCGUUCGUGAGCUGGCGGAGGGGGUUCCUCGCGUGCCCGUUGGGGAUGAGCCUUCCAAACCGGCGACAUCACUCACAUGGCAGGAGCAGCUGGAGGUGAUGCAGCAACACCCGCUGCUGCAGGCCCACAAACAGGCGUGUGCAUGGUUCUGCUCUCUCCCUGAGUCCGAUCGUGAGGGCGAUACGGAUUACUUACGGUUUGCCUUGCAGUAUGGCUCGCGGGCGUUGUUGGGUGACACGGCGCUUUUGCUUUCUGUCGGUGAGCUUUGCACCAACGCAACGCAGCAGCCCCCAGCGGCUCGUCAAUUCUGUACCUCAUUUGCUCGCCGCGUGGCGGACACGUUUGCCCCACAAGGUUUUCGCGUCGAUGCGGAUCACCUUCGCGAUGUACUCUUCCGGACAAAGUGCAAUAGCAUCGGUUACCCCUUCAACGAGACGGAGACGCUUGGAUGGAUGAUGCAGGAGAAGUUAUGCAUGAUUAACCACAGCUGCGAUCCAAACGCUGCGAUUGUGCGACCGCGUCGGAUUGAGGCUUCCACAAGCAGCAGGAGUGCGGCGUGUUCCGUGGAGCUCCUGGCGCGGCGGCGGAUAAAGGCUGGGGAGGAAAUUACCAUCGCGUACAUCGACGUGGAUAGGUAUGAAGACACGCAAAUAAGGCGUCGGCACCUUUUGGAGAGCUAUUGGUUUCUUUGCAUGUGUAGCCGAUGUGAAGUUAGCGCCAACCCCACAGCGCCUACUCGAAGCCCCCCAGCUGUUCCACACAAGGGCAACCCCACGAAGACAAAGAAUAAGAAAAGGCGAAAUGGACGCCAGUGGUAA